AUGUCAGCGGCAAGAAAGAACGGCGAGCAGGAAGAAGCUAAAGCAGCCGUGGAGCGUUUGGACGUGGCGGUUCAGUUAUUAGCCAGGCCAGAUCCGCUUUUUUCCAAAUCGUUGAGCUUUGUUUAUGAGGGACUCAGUGCAGCUUCUGAAGCGAUCAUUGGCGCCAACGUUACCGAGGCUGGGUCUUUCUGUAAUAGCGUUAGCGCCUCCUUUGAAGUGCCAUGCUCUUCAUCCGGGCGCAGCGACCACACAAGUCAGGAUAUAGGAUCCUCAACGUCGACUCUCACGAACAUCGAUGUCAUUGACCAGUUGACGGCUCGGACCAAGAGGGUUGCCCAGAUGGAUAUUAUCGCAGAUAUCCACAAGUGUGAUCCAGCGAAGAUUAGUCUGAACAAUGAUACUAGCGGCGACGGCCCAGAGAAUAGUGAACCAGUAAAUGAUAAGGCCGACGACGACGGGGCGGAGAGCGGAGAGCGUGGAGACGAUGGCGAUGACGACGAAUAGUCUUGGCUAGAAGCAGGCUUCGUUAAAAAGUGAUGGGGCUUGUAGGUCUGAGAAACGCAUAUCAUCCUCAACUCAGUAACGUGCGGCGGUUUCUGCGGGCGGACUGAGCUGGCCAACGAGUGAUUCGGACAGGUCAGGUUUCUGCGAGAGCGAGGAGAGGGAUGUGGCAGUGAGCUCGCUGGG